CGCUCAACUUUUUCCUCCACCUGCAUGGACUUUCCACUCCAAGUCGACUUUUCAUACACUCUGUCUCCGAUUAGUUUUUAUCUGGCUUUGUUAAUAGUUUAUUUCGCGUAUUUUACUGUCCAGACACCUUUUAUCUAGAAUAAUCUUUGAACGUUAUGUGAAAGGUAGUAUAGUAAAAAAGUUUUUGUGUGAACUUUUGACAGCAUGGUACACUGCCAGUAGUCUGCGAGGUGUAGAGAAAAGUUUUACAUCGCAGAGACAGUUCAUUGCAAAUUAUCAAUCAAACUCAACUUAAUUACAAAAGGUAUUACAUACAAGAAGGCUGGAACUACAGACGCGGUCCAUGAUCGCAUUCAUCUGAUCUGAGUGCCCUGUCGGGAUUGAGGAUGACUGCCCAUCAGCAGGUGCUCGCGCUAAACCUCGCGUUGCUGUGCUGUCUUCAGCUCACGACCGCUCAAACCCAGGAAGUGUCGGUGUGCUCGGGUACCCAGAAUGCCCUGAGUGCGAGCAUGAGUCCGGAGGUGCAGUACAACAUCAUGAGGGACAUGUACAGUGGCUGCCAGAUCCUCAUGGGCAACCUGGAGAUCACCCUCAUGGACCAGCACCAUAACUUCAGCUUCCUGCAGUCAAUCCGGGAGGUGACGGGCUACAUCCUCAUCGUUAUAAACCAGUUCCACAGUCUGCCGCUGGACCAGCUGCGCGUGAUCCGGGGCAACACUCUGUACGAGGACCGCUUCGCCCUCUACGUCCUCCUCAACUACCAGAAGGAUGGAAGCCUCGGGCUGCGAGAACUGGGCCUCACACACCUGACUGAGAUCCUGAAGGGGGGCGUGUUCAUCUCCAGGAACAAGUACCUGAGCUACGCCCCCCAGGCCAACUGGGCAGACAUUGUGAGGGACAGCAGUGCCCCCAUCCAGAUUGAAGACAAUGGCCAGAAGUUGGAAUGUCAUGCGGCGUGUCGAGGGCACUGCUGGGGACCCAAAGAAGAACAGUGCCAGAUCUUGACGAAGACGGUGUGUGCCCCGCAGUGUGAUGGCCGCUGUUUUGGGACGGGCCCCAGCGAGUGCUGUCACAUGGAGUGCGCCGGCGGCUGCUCUGGCCCCCAGGAGACCGACUGCUUCGCCUGUAGUCACUUCAAUGAUUCAGGAGCCUGUGUGCGACAGUGUCCUCAGCCCUUUAUCUAUAACAGACGUACCUUCCAAAUGGAGCCCAACCCUGGCGCUAAGUACCAGUACGGCUCCAUAUGCGUGUCCCAGUGUCCCACACACUUUGUUGUGGACGAUAGCUCGUGUGUGAGCGGUUGCCCUACCGACAAGAUGGAGGUGAAGAAGGAUGGGCUGAAACAGUGUGAGCUCUGUGGAGGACUCUGCCCCAAAGCUUGCCAGGGUACUGGUUCUCCUGACAGACAGACGGUGGAUUCCAGAAACAUUGACAGUUUCAUAAACUGUACCAAGAUCCAGGGAAGCCUACACUUUGGGAUCAUUGGGAUCUCAGGGGACGUCUAUAACAACAUCUCAGCCUUGGACCCAGAGAAACUCAACGUUUUCCGCACAGUCCGAGAGAUCACAGAAGUCCUGAGUAUCCAGUCUUGGCCAAAAGAAGUGAAGGAUCUGUCCGUGUUCUCAAACCUCACCACCAUACAGGGUCGAUCACUAUACAAGGGUUACUCCCUGCUGGUGAUGAAGCUGCCCUCGCUCAGGUCUCUGGGUCUCCGUUCCCUGCGCGAGAUCAGCGACGGCGGCGUCUACGUCAGCGGGAAUAAGAACCUCUGCUUCCACCACACCGUCAACUGGACCCGGCUGUCCACCGGAGCCAAACCACACAAGCGGCUGUACACCAUCAAGAACAACAGAGCCCUGAGGGACUGCAUUGUAGAUGGGCAUGUGUGUGACCCGUUGUGUUCAGAUGCUGGGUGUUGGGGCCCGGGUCCGGAGCAGUGUCUCUCCUGCAAGAACUACAGCCGAGGAGGAAUCUGUCUGUCCGACUGCAACUUCCUCACAGGGGAGCCGCGGGAGUUUGCAGGGUUGAAGAGGGAGUGUUUGCCCUGUCACCCUGACUGUGAGGUACAGGAGGGCGCAGUCAGCUGCAGGGGACCAGGCUCCGACGAGUGCGUGUCCUGUGCCAGCCUGCGGGAUGGCCCCCACUGCGUGUCCUCCUGCCCCAGUGGGGUGAUGGGAGAGAACGGUCCCAUCUUCAAAUACCCCAACGCCCAGGGCAGCUGUGAGCUCUGUCACCCCAACUGCACUCAGGGGUGCUCCGGUCCCAGUCUGAGUGACUGCUCCACUGACAGAGAUAUUUCCAGCCCCCACACUGCGGCGAUUGUGUGCGGUGUAUUGCUGUGCCUGAUAGUGGGCCUGGCCGUCUUCGUGCUGAGCGUGCUGUAUCGGCGCGGUCUGGCCAUUCGCCGCAAGCGAGCCGUGAGGCGCUACCUGGAGAGCGGAGAGACCUUAGAGCCCUUGGAUGCGGGAGAGAAGGGACAGAGGGCCCACACCCGGGUCCUGGGAGCUGCAGAACUGCGCAAGCUCAAGCUUUUGGGCUCAGGGGUGUUCGGAACAGUGCACAAGGGGGUGUGGCUUCCCGAGGGGGACUCUGUGAAAAUCCCAGUGGCCAUAAAGACCAUACAGGACCGCUCCGGCAGGCAGACCUUCACUGAGGUCACGGAUCACAUGAUGGCCAUGGGUAGUCUGGACAGCCCGUAUGUGGUUCGGCUGUUAGGUGUCUGUCCAGGUGCCUGUCUGCAGCUGGUCACCCCGCUCAGCGCCCAGGGGUCCUUACUGGAGCACAUCAGGCAGCACCAGGACAGCCUGGACCCCCAACGCCUUCUGAACUGGUGUGUGCAGAUCGCCAAGGGCAUGUUUUACCUGGAGGAGCACCACAUGGUCCACAGGAACCUAUCAGCGCGCAACAUCAUGCUGAAGAGCGACUACAUUGUGCAGGUCUCUGACUACGGCAUCGCCGACCUGCUCUAUCCCGAUGACAAGAAGUACUUCUACAGCGACACCAAGGCCCCAAUAAAAUGGAUGGCUUUAGAGAGCAUUCUGUUUCGCAGAUACACACAUCAGAGUGACGUCUGGAGCUAUGGAGUCACAGUGUGGGAGAUGAUGUCAUUCGGGGCGGAGCCUUACGCUACAACCCGCCCCCAGGAAGUGCCGGACCUGCUGGAGAAGGGGGAGCGCCUGUCCCAACCCCACAUCUGCACCAUCGAUGUGUACAUGGUCAUGGUGAAGUGUUGGAUGAUUGAUGAGAAUGUCAGGCCUACCUUCAAGGAACUGGCCAAUGAAUUCACACGGAUGGCUAGAGACCCGCCUCGUUUUCUCGUAAUGAAGAUGCAGAACAGCCAAUCAGAUGCGGCAGCAGAUGAGCCCCUUCCGAGAAGAGCGGAGGCGGGGCUAGCGGACCCACAAGGGGGGGGCCUGGAUGACGUCAUGGCCGCGCAUCCUUUUCACCGGUCCCUGAGGCGGAGCAGCUCCCGUCACCGUUCGGAGUCUCACAGGAGUGUGAACCCUCCAUCCGGUGCUGCGGAAUAUCUGCCGAUGACCCCUGGCAUAGAAGACAACCACGUACAGGUUGGUCCCCGUGUCAGCUCGGCACGGGCCGUGUCGGAGAGCUCAGAGGGGCGGGGCAUCGCCACGGAGCCGAGAGAGAGCGUCUCAUUGGCUGGCAGCUUGCGCAGGCUCCGGUCUCGUAAGGAGAGCGUGAAGGCCCCGCCCCGGGACACGCCCCCCCGGAGGACAACGGCCCCGGAUACAGAGGAGGACCCCAACGGAUAUGUGUUGCCAGGGGGGUCCGAUACCCCUGGGAGAGAGAGUCUCCUGUCACGCUCUGCCUCGCAAGACACUGCACCUGGUGAGAGGAGCUCCCUGGGUCGGCUGUCUUCACCCAGACCCUUCAAAGACUCUACCUCCGAAGCAUACGAAUGCAUGGACAACCAGAUUCCCUUGCAUAAUCUCUCGCCCCAGGAGAGAAGCAGGAAGCAGGCCUCCCUAUCCUGUAGUACCAGCCUCUCGCCAGGAGGGGGAGGCAUCGAGCAGGACCCAGGAAAAGAGCAGAGCAGAGCCCCCACUGCAGCUGAACCGGUCAAAAUUGGCACCCUUGGAGAGAAAACAGCAAUGUACAAUGACACUCCACUGCCAGCAGAGGGAGACAGAGGCAAGGAAGACAAGACUGCAGAUUUUCCCGGGACAGAUUCUAAAGACCACGCAAAAGAGUGUGAACGAAAUUCUGUACAGUAUGAAUACAUGGACAUCCAAAGCAAUGAGCUGGACUGCAGUGAACACAAACACGCCCCCCAAAAGAGGGGCAGCCAAUCUGCAGGGGCAGAGGGAGAGGAUGACAAUGCGGAACAAGAAGGAGCUGACAGGUGUGAGGAAAAGGAGGAGGACGAGGAAGAGUAUCAGUACUCAAACAACCAGCCCAGACUCCAUUCCGGACUGCAAGGAAGAGUUGAGGUCAAAGGUCGCCGAGGAGGGGAAGGGGAAGCGGAUGCGUGCGAGUACGAGGAGAUGAAGGCAUUCGGCCUGGCCAGCGGGGGCCGGGCGGAGUACCAGAACGUCUGUGAGGGGGGUGUGUCAGAGGGGGACACGCGGGCGGGGCUGAGGGCAUACCUGAAGGUGCGCGCAGGUGUGGGGGAGCCGGGGGGAGAGCGCGCCUAUGACAACCCUGACUACUGGCACAGUAGGCCGCUGCUGAAGCUCGAUGCCGCAUGCACGUAACGGCCGAGACAGACACACAAACAGGAAGUGGGGAGGGAGAACCGCUCCUAAAGAUACAUGGCUGUGACCUUUGACCUUUUGUUGUGGUUGGAAAAGGUCAAACCCGUCCUUUAAUUUAUCAGGCAGCAAGUCUAUGAACUCAUGUCUGUCUGGAAGCCAGUCGGUGCUGUGUGUGUGGGUUUUUUAUUUUUAUUAUUUUUUUUACUGUUUUCUGACUGAAAAUUAAAAGGGAAGAAAUCCAUCCAUCUGCACUGAAAAGAACUGUAGCAGUGUGCUCUUCCAUGACUGACAAGUUUGUUCUGUUCUGAUCCAUGCCUCUGGGGACAUAGGGUCCUAUGCUUACGCCGAAGACCCCCGUGUGUAUUUGCAUGUGAAAUGUAUUACUGAAUUAAGUGGAAAACAGUGGCCAAUAACAGAAAAAUGAUUGUGGAAAAUGGUUGUGUACACGUCAGAACAAACUGUGUUAUUUUGUGUUUUCGCAAUUAUUAUUUUUGUCAUCAAUCAAUAAUUUCUGUAUGGAGUAAAUAUAUUUUUUAAAAGUC